CUUCUCCUGGAUAAAAAUGGCAAGCCUCAUAAAGAGGGGACUAUCAUCAAAAACGAAAAGUACGCGAUGACACUGGAACAAAUUCGAGACCAUCCUGAAUAUUUCUAUAAUGGGCCGCUGGCCAAGAGUAUCUCACAAGACAUAAGAAUAAGUAUUCCAGACGAGCAAAGAAAGGGACAGGUCACUGAACAAGAUCUGAGGAACUACCGGACAGUGAUCAGGGAACCCCUAGAAAUGGAACUAGCGGGAAUGAAAAUGCUCCUUACUCCUCCCCCUACAAGUGGCGCUGUACUAGGUCUCAUCUUAAAUAUACUGAAAGGUAGGUAGGCGUUCCGUUCUCAUUAUCAUCAUCAUCAUCAUCUAUUUGCUAUUAAUAGCAAAAUAAACAUAAUACGGUGGAACCUGAGUCAAGCGGACCCCAUAUUAAGGGAUCAGAUAUACUGACGUAAAUUCCUUACUUAUCUAUCUAUAUAUUUUUUUAAAUGAAUAAUUAUGAAAUUGAAUUCCUCUGUUCUGUCAAGUUGUACAGCAAAGAAAAAAUAGAAUUUCCAUUCGCCAGCGGGUUUAAAAGAGUGCUGGUACUAUAUACAGAGCUCCCCUGAAUAUUCCAUGCUACACGUAGUUAAAUAUCUUUAAAGAAUCAAGUGCAGUUUGAUUUUAUAGGUUACAACAUGACUUCAUCAGCUCGUGAUGGUACGGAAGCCUCCGUGUUGACAUAUCACCGAAUCAUUGAAGCUUUUAAGUUUGCUUACGCACGGCGAAGUCGACUUGGAGAUCCCGCGUUUAAUAGGAAUAUAAACGAGGUAAAUGAGAAAACUUUUUUUCCAACCCUCUUCCUAGUUGCACCUUAGUUUUCUACUAAGAAGCUCACUGUUCUCUUUAAAAUGUGCAGCUUUGAAACAUCCUUUUUUUGUAUUUAGCAAUAAAUCUCGUUGCAGAUUUCGUCAAUUUGAAAAACCCCUGGGCUCAUUAAAUCAGGUAUUCCAUGUCUGAAAGUCAAAGGGCAAAGUAAGUUUCAUAGGGUUUAAGCUACUAGUUAAACAUUGCAUAUAGAGGAAAACCUUCUGAUGGAUGCAUUUAAUCUUGGAGGGUGGAGGGGAGGGGGGUUGGAUCACUCGGACUCACCUCCCUGAUUCGCCAGAAUAUAAGCACUCCUUCAGUCUAUGGCCAUUCCCUCUCUCCCUUAGUGUACAAUUAUACAUAUAUGAACCAAUUCGAAGAAUGGUGAAGUUGCAUAACAGGCUCUGGAAUUUUCAGCGCGAAAUUUUCUCUACGUUUUUCCUCGGCAGAUUGAGCAAAAUAUGACUGAUAGAAGAACAACUAGACGACAAGCUACGUAAACUAAUACAAGAUGGCGAAACAUACGACAACGUGUCAUACUACGUGUGGGUCUAUUUUAAACCCAUCGUUUACCUAGGAUAUAAGACUGCCAUUGACAGGCGUUUUCCCUCCCACCUGCUGGAGCCAAUCUGAAGUACUGACUAAGUUGUUAACUCUAGGGAUUUUCUUUGCCUGAUAUUUCCACAUUUUUCUUUUCAGAUUGCGCAAGAGAUGAUACAACAACAUUUUGGUGACGACUUGCGCAGACAUAUAAACGACAACAGAACAUACAACAACGUGUCUUAUUACGCGCGCUCAUAUUCUGGAGCUGAUUAUGGCACCACACACGUAGCGGUUUUAGCAAAAAACGGUGACGCAGUUUCAGUGACAUCCACUAUAAAUUACAGGUUUGUUUAG